AUGAUGUCAACUCAAAAAGGAAUUUUACAUACCGUGUUAAUUUCCAUCAUCAUUUGGGGCUGCCUGGUAACUUUGUUGUUACUCCAUAUUAAACGAUCUAACAGCUGGAUAAAUGCUCCCAUGGAAUCUGCCACCUCUGUUCUACACAUGAGAAACAUCUUUGCUUCACAACAAGAGGACAAUGCAACUGUUGUGCUCAUUUGGCUGUGGCCCUUCGGUAAGAGAUUUGGACUCAGUUCUUGUGAAUCGGAGUUCAACAUCCGUGACUGUCGCUUGACGGUGGAUAAGAACCUGUAUAACAAAUCCCACGCUGUCCUUAUCCAUCACCGGCACAUCAAAUCAGAUUUGUCGAACCUGCCCACACAGCCUCGGCCAAUAUUCCAGAAGUGGGUUUGGGUGAAUUUGGAGUCACCUACUCACACUCCAAAGAAGACUGAGCUUGACAGACUCUUCAAUCUGACAUUGACCUAUCGAAGGGACUCAGAUAUCCCAGUACCUUAUGGAUCACUAUCAAUUAAUAAAGUUCCGUUGGCCUUUGAAUUGCCAAGUAAAAGCAGUCUAGUGUGUUGGAUUGUCAGCAACUGGAACUCUGAACAUGCCAGAGUCAAGUAUUACAAUGAACUCAAUAAGUAUGUUAAAAUCAACAAAUAUGGUAGAGCUUUUGGAAAAAAUCUGAGCAAUAUAGAUUUUAGGCCAACAAUAUCCAAAUGCAAGUUCUAUCUUUCCUUUGAAAACUCGAUACAUGAAGAUUAUAUCACUGAAAAACUCUACAAUGCUCUUUUUGCAGGGAGUGUCCCUGUGGUCCUGGGCCCACCCAGGGAAAACUAUGAAAAUUAUAUUCCAGCCGAUUCCUUCAUUCAUGUGGAUGACUUCCUGUCACCGAAAGAGCUGGCCGACUACCUUCACAUGCUGGAUAGCAACCAAGAGUUAUACAUGAACUACUUCAAAUGGAGGAAAUAUUAUACAGUGAGGAGGACUCGUUUCUGGGCUGAACACGCAUGUUCAGUCUGUCAACAUAUUCAGCAACAUAGAGAAUAUAAAACCCUCUCCAGUUUGGUGAAAUGGUUUUGGGAUUGA